AGUUUUAAUCCGUUUCAAGCUUGGGAAACAAGUGACCAUACUAAAGGAAGAUUUUAUUUACAGGAAAAAAAAUAUUAAGCUGUUAUUAAUCGUAGAAACAAAUGACAAGAAAUACUUAACAUAUCUUACUUGUACCAGCAACUCAUACAAGCAACCCGGUGUUGAAACUCGUCGUGUUUGAAAUGAACUGACAGUGCAGCAUGAGUUUGAGCUUGAAAAUAGUAUAUGUUCUGGCAGUGCAAGGCAUUUAUCAAGCCAUCUCUCAAGCUGACAACCACAACAAAGAUGUCUGUUUUUUGUCAAAAGAACAAUACACCACAGGCAUUGACCGAAGCGGGUUCCUCAAACUGGGUGAAAACAUGUCUCUGGACGUCGUUAGUCUGAUUCAACCUUCCGACGAUCCACAUUGUGCAGUGAUGGUUUCACCGAACUGUUAUCAGUGCCCAGAUGUGUCAUCGGUAUUUUGCAACAGCACCGACUCAGAAGACGUCGAGUACCUCAAGAACGCUCAACCGAACACAAUUCUGCGCCUCAACUUGGAAUUCCUCAGCGGAAUGAGCUCGCGGCAGCUGGACGAGCUGAGCAUCAGCUCGCUCGAGCUGAACGAGGGCAACCUGUCGUCACCUGCCGUCAGUGUGCUCGGGAGACUGGAGAAGCUCAGCACGCUCGUCUUGAGGGGACAAUCGCUGAUGACCCAAAAUGUGACCGACGUGUUUCCGUACGCCAAGAAUCUCACCACCCUCGUAGUGGAUUUCACCCAAAAUAACGACGACAACGGUUGGCACGGCUUGUCUCAGGGACAGCACGGAGACAUGGGCGGACUGGGGAGUUCCGAGCACCAGGAAGAGCCGCCGGAUCCACUGCACCAGGAUCAGAAAGAGGACGGGCCGGACUCACACAAACCACCAGAGCCAGAUGGUCCUGAUGGCCCAGACGGACAUCUAGAAUCGAGAAAUCCAAAUCGGCUUGGAGUAAAGCAGAAAGUAGAAGGGGCAUCACAAGUAUUUUCGAUGAGUGGGAAUGAAGGAAAAUCCAGGAGUUUGCCUCACCUCCGAGUGUUGGCUGUAGUGUCUGGAUAUGUCACUCAACAGAGUGUCUCGUGGAUGACCGACUCACCGAUUAAAUACUUAUAUUUCCGCAACUCCGUCAUUUACACCAAGAGCUUUGGAGAAAUAUUCUCACGGCUUCGUGAUUCCAUAGAGUUUCUAGAUAUUCAUGAUUCCACUAUGCACUACGACGACGAACGUCCAAAUGAAGAGGAAAGUCAGUGCGCAAUCGAAUAUCUGCUUCAGGCGCUCAAAGGUUCUAACAAUCGAACAAUCCUGAGAGGACUGUCUGCGGCGGGAGUCGGCUUUAAGGCUGUUCCGUACAACGCACUAGAAGCAGUAAAGGAGACACUUCAGUACCUCUCUCUCUAUAAAAAUGACUUCAGCUUUAUUGGGGCCAGACCGAAUAAUGAAAGUAUUGAUGAUGUACUUCUCGGUGGUGAACCUCAACCAACCUUCCCAAAAAUGCCACAACUCUUGGAACUAGAUCUACGGGAUUGCAAGAUACAAUCACUCGACGAUAAAGUGUUCACCGGCAUGCCAAAACUGACAGUGCUUCUGCUGGCACGCAAUCACCUCAUCAGUUUGCAAGCUGACAGUUUCAGCGGUCUUACGGCACUCAAGAUUUUGGAUUUAAGUGCUAGCGAGUUUAGUGGUAUCCUGGCAGGUUUUCGGGAUGUUAACUUUACAAAUGUUCCCAAUUUAGAAAUACUAGACGUUUCACAAACGAAGCUUCCUAAUUACUUUGAAUUCAGUGGAGAACUACCGAGUCUCAAAAUACUUUCCUUGUGCUCCUCGUUUGAAAAUUUUGACAAGGCUAAUUCUAGAAUGUUUGAGAGUAUGAAAAAAUUAGAAUUACUUAACCUAAGUGGAAACAAAUUUCAAGAUGGUGUAGUACAUAACUAUAUAUUUUCUGGUCUAAAAUCACUUAGAGAGCUGUAUCUAGCUAAAUGUUCACUAGAUGAUGGCCAGAAAAACUUUUCGUUUUUGGAGAUUCAGCAUUUCCGAAAUCUAAGCUCUUUAAGUGUACUUGAUUUGUCUUAUAACUCGAUUUCAUUUAUUCACACCACUUAUUUUUCUGUUUUUAAGAAAUUGAAGUUUAUUAAUCUAAUGAAUAAUAAUAUAGGAGGUUGGGAAAUUCCUGUUUUUUCAGACCUAACGAACUUAAAUGAAAUAAUUUUGGACAAUAACUUACUCACUUCAGUAACAAAUGCCAUGUUAAAAGAUUUUAGUAAUUUGCGGAAACUUUCCAUUCUUGGAAAUCAAUUCAAGUGCGGAUGUGAUACACUAGAAAUGGUUAGGUUGGUAAAUACGAAAAUAGCUAAUAACAUUACAUUUUUAAAUGGUUGGCUAGAUAAUCUGAAUGUGUGUGCAGAUGAAAACAAAUCAGCACAUGUGCCAUUUAAAAAAUAUGUCACUAACGAUUGUAGUGGAACAAAAAUACCUCUAACCAAAUUAAAUGUUAAUUAUCCGCACACCUUUGUUAUUUACUUCUCCAUAACACUAACUAUAUUGUCAAUAACUUUAAUGUCAAUAACAUAUUACAAGUGGAACGAUAUUAAAUUUUUUUUUCUUAUCAUCAAAAAUGCAACUGUUCUUAGUUUUUUUAACAACGAAAUUGAUUCAAAGCAAAAGUGCAGACUUUAUAAUUAUGAUGUAUUUAUUUCGUACAGUGACCCAAAUAGGGACUGGGUGUUGGACGAGCUAUUACCAAACUUGGAAAACACAUCAAAUUUAAAGGUUUGCUUACAUGAACGUGAUUUUCAAGUCGGUCUCAGUAUACUAGAAAAUAUAAUUUCUUGCAUGGAUCAAAGCAGGUGCAUAAUUCUCAUCAUAUCGCUGUCAUUUAUUAAGAGUAAUUGGUGUCAGUUUGAAUUACACCUUGCACAACAUAGGUUGCUUGAGACGAAGAGAGAACAACUGAUACUAGUACUCCUUGAAGACAUACCACGAUCAAAAAGGUCCAAAAUGCUGAAUUACAUUAUGAAAACCAAAACUUACAUAGUUUGGCCUGCAUGUACAGAAGACCAGGAAGCACGGAAACGUUUUUGGAGAAGAAUGCAUCAAGCUGUUAUUAUUCAUAAAAGUAAGAAUGAUAAGACUUUUUCGUUUGCGUAAAUAUUUUACACGGUCUAAGAUAUAUUGUUGUCUGCUGUCGAAAUCAAAAUUUUAUUGUAUAAGUAAAGAGUAAUUAGUGUAUAUUUACUAAGUCAUGUUAAAAGUUCUUGAAAUUAAAAGUUUGAUUUUGUAA